GUGAGUUAUAUAAAGGUGAAGAAUGCUAAUAGAAGGUGACAUCAGUAAGCUGUCGUCGAAUCUUCAGGGUGUCUGAAUAAUAGAGCUCAGAAAGCAACCAAACGCGACAGAAACGCAGCCAUGCAAUUCGCUCUGUGUUUCUUUGUAAUGGUUGCCAGCUUCCUCACAAUUGAGGGUCACGUGAGAUGGGUGUGUCCGCGGCCACAAAGCACGAACACGGGUAUUAAAUCGGGCCCAUGUGGAGCUGUAGACUUUGAGGGGGGUUACAUGGAUGUGGUGCCUGGGCCGAUGACAGUGCGCUGGGAGGAGUCCAUUUUCCAUCGUGGCGCCCCGUCUAGCAUUCGCCUGAUGAAGAAGGGGGACGACAGCACGGCCUGCCUGCUUCUAGACCACAUACCCCACAACGACGCCAUGGUGGUGAAGUUUCCCUUCACAGACCCUAAUUGCAAGAUAUCUGGGGAGCCAUUGGGCAAAUGUUCCGGAGUGACCCAGGUCACUGUGAACAUUCCGGACAUCGAUUGCCCGGACUGCUAUCUUUUACUCACAUCUGUGAUGACGGACAAGUAUGGACCCACUACAGCCUGUUCUCAGUUGACUAACGGCAAUAACAACUGCAGCACCUAUUACACCUGUACUAAUAUAAAAAUCAGGCCCACGGCAGCAGGGGUAGGCAGGGACAUCAGUACAUGCACCAACUACAACCAGAACCUCCUAGGAGCCUGGCCAUUCAUGAUGCCUAAUAACGUGUAUUACGAUGAAGGGCACAACUACAGUCCCGACGGCUGGUUGACUGGGAGCCAAUUCCAAGGGGCAACAGCCACCUACCCUGCUGCCAUCUAUAACUCGGGCCCAUGUGCUGCGCCCAGUAGAACGUUCGGGGUGUCUCUGUCUCCGUCUUCGUCAAACAGUACCGCACGUGGUUUGGUCAGUAUGGUGGUGACCGAGAACCGAGCGUCUCUGAUGGGCGUAGUGGUUGGGGAACAGCUCGGAAUCGUCGCAGCGAUCACGCUGAACGGGCGGCCAAAUGGUGCCAAUACGGUCAAUAUCCCAUUAUCUAUGAUGAAGAACGGCGUACUGCAAGGAAUUAUAGAUGUCGCACAGGCAGCAGCAUUCAUUGACUCAGGUAAAUUUUUUACAUCCAUGUCUGUAACAUUUGGCAACGAAAUCCUGCAGGGCGAUGUCAUUGAUGGUGUAACACAGGCUUCCCUAAUGACGCCAUCGGGAACGGUAGGGGAGGCCAUUUUUGUGCCCGGUUCCAGUGACAUUCAGUACGAGAUAGUGGUAAUGGGUCCGUCUUCUAAACCAAGUGCUGGCCUGUAUGGUCCCGCGAGACGCGGCAUGACUAGCACGUCUAGUGUAGAUCUGACGAUAGGUGGCAGCAGGAUAGGCACCCAAGGCUGGCAUGGAAAGGGCACCCUGGUACCUGAGGCUCCUCUCAGUAUGUCCGCCGUGUUGCUGUACAUGUGGAAGGAAAUGAUGUACGUGGAGGUCAGCACUGGAAACACGUGGAGAGCACGUGGCCAGGUAUCAGCUCCAAGUAAAGCCGCCUGCACGGCCAGCAAAACAGUUCUUUGUCAGGUCAGUGAAGUGACCGUAGACGGCCAGGCGUCGGACAGGUUGAAAAAGGUCCUGGACACGAAUGGCUUGGCUGCUGUUCAUUACGACGCGCUUGCAAAGACUCUUAAUAUGAGUGUCCUUUUAUUUGACGCACGCCAAGACGAAAAUGUGACCGGUGUACAAGUAACCUCUGGUAGCAGUCAGCUGUAUUCUGCGGGCGGAGAACUGUUUGCGCCAUCACUUCUUCAAGACAAGGGUUUUAUGUUAAAGGAUCAUACCAUGGGGGUGGCUCUGGAUGACGACAACAUAGCGGCAUUGCAACGGGGAGAGGUCAAGGUGAAGGUCAUGACCUCGCAUUAUCCUGACGGCAUUUACGCCAACAUUCCGUCACUCUCGCAAAUGCCGCAACCAAGCACCGCCAAUCCAAGAAGCACGCGCGGUCCAAUAAGUAGAGGGAGCCACACAACAACGGGGGCAGCAGUGAUGACUGCUCUGCUUGUUUUGGCCAAGAUUAUAUAAAUGACCAAUCAAAUAUUAAUUGAAAAAACCAUCCGUGCAUGAAAUAUGUUUGCGAAUCAGCCUUAUAUAUUGCCAUAUAUGUAUUGCCCCUAUUUUACAGUUCUAAAUGGAGUUUCACCAAAACUGACUUACGUCUUGUUAAUCCCUUUCUUCCAUAACAUUUGACCCACUUGUAUAUCACUUACAACAACCCAAGAUCAACUAUUUUUGAGAUUAGAAAAAUUGAUUUUCAUAUUAUACGUGACGUGCAUGAGAUAAGCAUCGCCGUCAUUUUUAAGAGGCUAUUUUUACCUAUAAACUUUAUAUUUUUAAAGAAAAAUUCCAGUUGGUACUUAUAGCAAUGAAUGACUUUUUAGAUGAAAUUGAUUUUCUUUUCAUAAAUAUUUAAGUUUUUGAUUAAGUAUUUUUUAAUUUUUAAAAAGAUUUUAUGAUGUGUUAUGACUUUUGUUUCGAAAGACAAUCAGAUUAUUGGUCGUUAAUAAAUUAGCACAUUAGGAAGAGCAAACAGUGUGCUAUAUUAAUAUAACAGUGUUUUAUGUUAUAUCCUAU